AUGACACAUCCUCUCCAGCUAGGCUUCCAAGAUGCUACCUCUCCUAUUAUAGAAGAAUUACUUCACUUUCACGAUCAUACCCUAAUAAUCGUUUUUCUAAUUAGCUCCUUAGUACUUUACAUCAUCACCCUAAUACUAACAACCAAACUAACCCACACAAGCACAAUAGAUGCUCAAGAAGUAGAAACAGUAUGAACCAUUCUACCCGCUAUCAUCCUCAUCUUAAUUGCUCUCCCCUCCCUACGAAUUCUCUACAUAAUAGACGAAAUCAAUAACCCACUUUUAACUGUCAAAACCAUAGGACAUCAAUGAUAUUGAAGUUAUGAAUAUACAGACUAUGAAGAUCUAAACUUUGACUCCUAUAUAGUCCCUACAACAGACCUCAAACCCGGAGAACUUCGACUACUAGAAGUUGAUAACCGCGUAGUUCUACCCAUAGAAGUACCCAUCCGAAUAUUAAUCUCAUCAGAAGAUGUCCUUCAUUCAUGAGCUGUACCCUCCUUAGGAUUAAAAACUGAUGCCAUUCCCGGACGCCUCAACCAAACCACACUCACAUCAACCCGACCAGGUCUCUACUAUGGUCAGUGUUCAGAAAUUUGUGGAUCAAAUCACAGCUUUAUACCUAUUGUUCUAGAACUAGUGCCAUUAAAAUAUUUCGAGGAUUGAUCAGUAUCGAUAACUUAA